CCUAGUGUUCUCCCCGUCUGUCUUCAGCAUGGCGCUGUCCGGCUCUUCCUCCUCCGUGUCUCUCCGUUUCUCCUCCCUCGCCUCCCGCUCUCUCUGCCCGUGAUGAGGGCUGGAGGAUGGAGCUGCUGGCGGAUCUCUCCUGGAGCUCGGUGGCGCUGCCCCUGGACGCCGUGGUGGCCAAGUUCCGGCUGCCCGCGCUGGUCAGGCUGAGCCAAGGUGAGAAUGUGGAGGGAUUGUCUGAAGAGGAUGUUGUCCUCUUGCACUCAUGCAGGCAGUGGACCACAGUCACUGCCCACUCUCUGGAGGAGGGGCAUUACGUCAUCGGACCCAAGAUUGACAUCCCACUGCAGUACCAGGGGAAGUUUAAGCUGUUGGAUCAGGAUCGGGAUGUGCGCGAGCCUGUACAGUAUUUUUCCAGCGUGGAGGAAAUCGCCGGAACUUUUCCCGAUCGAGUGUUCGUCAUGGAGCCGAUCACGUUCAGCAUGAAGGUGGUAUCGGGGGAGUUCAGUGAGGACAGUGAGGUGUAUAACUUCUCUCUGCAGGCGGGCGAUGAGCUGACCCUGAUGGGCCAGGCCGAACUGCUCUGUGUCCAGUCCCCCCGCGAGAAGUCGCGCCUGGCUGCGUUGCUUCGGCGACUGGGAAAGGCCGGCGGGGCCCUGGGCCGUCCCACCCGCGCCAAGGUGCCCUGCCUGAUCUGCAUGAACCACCGGACUAACGAGAGUGUGAGCCUGCCGUUCGGUUGCCGUGGCCGUUUCUGCACGCGCUCACCGCAGGAGCUGCGCAUGCAGUCUGGAGAGCACACGGUCCGCAGCAUCGUGGAGCGUGUGCGGCUGCCCGUCAACGUGGCCGUCCCAUCCCGUCCGCCGCGGAACCCCUACGACCAGCACUGCGUCCGUGAGGGCCAGCGCUACAAACUCCUCGGCAUCAUCAGCAAGACGGUGGUGCUGUGCUGCGUCCUGCGCAAGGAGGAAGUGACACCCUCCCACUUUCUGCUUCUGACCGACAUGCCGCGCUUUGCCCUGCCAGACGGCCUGCUGCGCAGCGACCCCGUCUACCAGCAGGCGGUGCUGCAGAGCGCCGUCCGCUGCCAAGAAAUGUUCGACCCGGACGAUUACUCGCGGGCUGUGAGGGAAGUCAAGACUGAUUUCAUGGAAGAGUGUCUGAGUCCGCGGAGAAUACGGGUGUGCGUCCAGGGAUUCGGGCGCAACGACCUUGGACAGUCCCUGCAGAGGCUUUCCCUGUGCGUUUACGGGGGCGGAACCAUCACGCACACGCUAACGCAGGGCUGCAGAGACUCGCUGAGCAACACGCACACCUCACAGAGCGAGGGGGAGGGGGAGGACCGCGAGUAUGUCACCCCCGAUUGGUCCACGGAGACGCAGGAGAUUCCGUACGAGGAGCUGUGGACCAAUCAGAGCGGCGGAAGCUACGGAGAGGUCCAGGAAAGCACAGUGAAGGUGGAGCACAACCUCAUAUCCUUCCACUCCACCUCGUCUCUGGACGGGACGACGGGUCCUACCCAAGUGGCCACCACGGUGCAGAUGGAAGCGGGACGGGUGGCAACUCCGCCCCCUGUCCCACCCAAAUCGGAGGCUGUAAAGGAGGAGUGUCGCUUUCUGAAUGCUCCUCCUGUUCCACCUCGCUGUGCUAAAGCAGGAGGCCCCGCCCCUAGCCCGCCAGUCCCGCCCCGCUUCCCUAAAGCCCCACCCACAAACACCCGCAGCCCAAACCUGUCCUAUUACUCCUCAGGCCUGCAAGAGAGCUCGGCUCCUCGUAGCGACAGCAGCUCCCCGUCUCCAGACUCCUACUCCCUGUACUGUUAUCCCUGCACAUGGGCCGACUGCGUGACCUCUGACCCCUCCGUGUCGCCAGACCCCACUCAGCCCGCACAGGCCUGCUGGUCCCACCCCAGGGGGGGCGGGGCCUUCACCUCAAACGUUCUGAACACCCCCCUCCUCAGCGCUGACUCCGCCAACAAGAACUACUCUACUUGCACAAGGCCCCGCCCACAGGCGCAGAACCGCUUUGCUCCAUUUGGCGCCCUAAACCCUUUCGCUAAUCCAGGACACCGCCACAGUUCCUCUGAUUGGCUGGCUCCUGGACGGAGCUCCCCAACUCUGAUACCUGACCUCACUAGCUCUGCCAGUAAGGAGCCUCCAGCCAACCAGGAAACCUCAGAGGCGAGUCCAAGUCCUCUGGCCCGACCAACAAAGAGCUCAGAGGAGGAGGAGGCUGUGACACCAAACCCUGCCUCCAGUUUGGCCACGGCAAGAGGGGCAGAGGGCGGGGCCGUGUCCUCGUGGCGACCGCCCGCGGACCUCUGCUGGCUCUCGGUGGAGGAGGUGUCCGCCAGCCUCCGGUUCAUCGGGCUGUCGGACGACGUGGUCGGCCUGUUCAGCAGAGAAAGGAUCGACGGCUCCAUAUUCACGCAGCUCACGGAGGAGAUACUGUCUGAAGACUUCAACCUCACCAAACUGCAGGUCAAAAAGAUCCUGCAGUUCAUCAAGGGCUGGAGGCCCAAGAUAUGAGCCUUCGAACACAUGCUGCGAACAGAUUUGAGGGCACAUACCUGUAACGAUACGCAAAUGAAGAAGGUACGGUAGUGUCAGACAGAAGUAGCACAAUUGUAUGUGUGAAUAUGAAGAGUGUGUGACCAUUUGAUUUCAUACUAGGGCUUGCACGACUAAUUUUUAAUAGUCGGCUAGGUGUUCAGGAAAAAGUACAACAAGACAUCAGUGAAAAGUAUUAAAAUGACAAGCAUAAAGAAAAGCUUGCUACAAGCAGCGAGCAGCGGAUGCUUCGUUUUGAGAUGCAGGGCAAGUUAUUUUGCUGCAAUUCAAUGUAGUCUUAAGCACUGUUGCUGGAUUGGUUUUACCAUGGUGGGUUCUGUAAUAUAUCUAUGGGAUUUAACUGGGUGAUCUGCAUAAUUUCUCCAAAUCCCACUGGGAUUUAAAGGUCAUAGUCCAGAUAUUCAUAUCAGUGUUGCACACAAUAACAUGCUGCGUGGCAGGUCAGGGCAGGUUUUAUUAUUCUGUGAGCUGGAUUGGAACAGCACUGUUAUUACUGAGGGAGCUCAGAGUUCAGCCAACUGACCGUUUGCAAAAUUAUGAAAAGUCCCGCCUCACUUUGGGCUGCAUUCCCAAACAACCCAACUCCGAA